AUGAAUCUCUCACUCAUUGAUCCAUUUAUCCUGGCGCAGGACUACCCAGAUACCCUGACUGAGAAACUGAGGAGUGGCCAUGCUGCCUGUCUCAAAUUCAAUCAUACAGGCGACUACCUCGCAUCAGGACGUGUCGACGGAACAGUCGUGAUCUUCGAUAUCGAAACCAAUGGCGUCGCGCGCAAGUUACAGGGUCACACUCGUCAAAUCCAAUCAAUCAGCUGGUCACGAUGCGGUCGCUACCUCCUCACCUCCUCCCAAGACUGGAAAUGUAUCCUCUGGGACCUAGAUGACGGCUCCCGUCUCCGAACAGUCCGCUUCGAAGCCCCAGUCUACAUCGCCGAACUCCAUCCAUUUAAUCAUCUCCUCUUCGUCGCCUCCCUAUUCGAAGACCAACCCGUCCUAGUAGACGUCUCCAACAAAAAACCUAUAAAACGAAUCCUUCCCUCCGCCCCCCUCCGUCCCCCAAGCGAAGAGACCGACCCAGCCCUCAUAGCCAAACAAGCCGCGCAAGACGCAAAGCACUCAACCUGCGUAACAAUCUUCACAGCAUUCGGCAACCACAUAAUAUCCGGAACCUCCAAAGGGUGGAUAAACAUAAUCGAAACAGAAACCUGCACUACAAUCCACUCCAUGCGUCUCUGCAACGGCGUAGUGAUACUUCUCCGCCUCGCCUCGAACGGGCGCGACCUACUAGUCAACAGUUCAGAUCGAGUAAUUCGCACCGUCAUAAUGCCCGAUCUAUCACAACUCGGCAUUGAUCUCGAUGCCUCCUCAAUAAAACUACACGUGGAACAUAAAUUCCAAGAUGUCGUUAACAGACUAAGUUGGAACCAUGUUACAUUUUCCUCAACAGGAGAAUUCGUAACAGCAACCACAUACAUGAAUCCAGACAUUUACGUCUGGGAACGAUCCCACGGCUCAUUGGUAAAAAUCCUCGAAGGUCCACGCGAAGAACUCGGCGUUGUGGAGUGGCAUCCUGCCCGACCAAUGGUCGUAGCCUGUGGCCUUGAGUCCGGAUGCAUAUAUACAUGGGGGAUUAUCAGUCCACAGAAAUGGUCUGCUCUUGCGCCUGAUUUCGGAGAAGUAGAGGAGAACGUGGAGUAUGUUGAGCGGGAAGAUGAGUUUGAUGUUCAUCCUGCUGAGCAGGUUCAUCAGCGCAGACUUGAUUUGGAGGAUGAGGAGCCCGAUACUGUUACUGUUGAUCGGGUUAAGGAGAUAGAUGUUGAUCAUGAUGCUUUUCCUGUUCCGGUUUUGUUGGAUAUAGAGGAUAGCGAGAGUGGGGAGGAUAUUGUUGCUGUUGGGCCUGGGACUAUGAGGAGGCGGACGCCUGCGGGUGGGACUCAGGCUGAGCCGGAGGAUAUUAGGGCUAAUGGGUCCAGGGGGUCUGGGAGGAAUCGAAGGCGCUGA